AUGGCUGGGAGGAGACCGGCAGGCCUGGGUGGGCAGCGCCAGCUCCUGGGGCUGCUGCUGGCGGUGGCUGCCGUCCACCUGGCCGCCUGCCCCUACACCAAGGUGGAGGAGAGCUUCAACCUGCAGGCCGUGCACGACCUGCUGUACCACCGGCUGGACGUGGAGAAGUUUGACCACCUCGAGUUCCCCGGCGUGGUCCCCAGGACGUUCCUCGGGCCGCUGCUGAUCGCUGCACUGUCCAGCCCAGCGGUCUACGCGCUCUCGCUGUUGGAGGCGUCCAAGUUCUACUCUCAGCUCGUAGUCAGGGCCGUCCUGGGACUUGGCGUGAUUCUUGGACUCUGGACGUUACAAAAAGAAGUGAGGCGGCAGUUUGGGGCCACGGUGGCCACCCUGUUCUGCUGGGUGACGGCCUCACAGUUCCACCUGAUGUUCUACUGCACGCGGACGCUCCCCAACGUGCUGGCCCUGCCCGUGGUGCUGCUGGCGCUGGUGGCCUGGCUGCAGCAGAGGUGGGCCCGCUUCAUCUGGCUCUCGGCCUUCGUCAUCCUGGUCUUCAGGGCCGAGCUGAGCCUGCUCCUGGGCCUGGCGCUGCUGUUGCCACUCUGCUGGCGGAAGCUCUCGCUGCCCCAGGCCCUGCGCUGUGCCGUGCCAGCCGGGAUCCUCUGCCUGGGACUGACAGUGGCCGUGGACUCCUAUUUCUGGCGCUACCUCGUGUGGCCAGAAGGGAAGGUGCUCUGGUACAACACCGUCCUGAACAAGAGUUCCCACUGGGGCACCUCGCCGCUGCUCUGGUACUUCUAUUCGGCGCUGCCGCGCGGGCUGGGCUGCAGCCUGCUGUUCGUGCCGCUGGGGGCGGUGGACAGGCGGGCCCUGGCGCUGCUGCUGCCCACACUCGGCUUCGUGGCCUUGUACUCGCUGCUGCCGCACAAGGAGCUGCGCUUCAUCAUCUACGCCUUCCCGCUGCUCAACAUCGUGGCCGCCAGGGGCUGUGCCCGCGUGCUGAACAGUCACAGGACGUCCUGGCUGCACAGAGUGGGGUCCCUCCUGGUGAUGGGGCACCUCGUGGUGAACGCCGCAUACUCGGCCAUGGGCCUGUAUGUGUCCCACUUCAACUACCCCGGCGGUGUGGCGAUGCAGAGGCUGCACCAGCUGGUGCCCGCCCGCGCAGAUGUCGUCCUGCACAUCGACGUGGCCGCUGCCCAGACAGGCGUGUCCCGCUUCCUGGAGGUCAACAGUGCCUGGAGGUACGAGAAGACGGAGGAUUUGCAGCCGGGCUCGGCGCGCAUGCUGGCCUACACACACCUGCUCAUGGAGGCCGCUCCCGGGCCCCUGGCGCUCUACCGGGACACGCACCGCGUCCUGGCCCGCGUCCCAGGCACCACUGGACUGAGUGUGAAUUUGAGCAGGCUGCCUCCCUUUAACGUGAACCUGCAGACCAAACUUGUGCUUUUAGAGCGGCUCCGUAGGCCUCACUGA